AUGACUUCUUCCUCUUCGUCUUCAUCGGCUCCUCUGCCACCUCACUACUCGCCGCCUGAUCAACCUUUGAAGCUCAUCAUCGACUCGGACCCAGGGGUAGACGAUGUUCUCGCCUUUCUCCUCGCCCUCUCCCUUCCGCACGUCCAUCUCCUAGCCAUCACUCUCACCUUUGGCAACACCACGCUAGACUACGCAAGGGACAAUGUCCUGAGAACGUUUGAGGUUCUGAAGAAGCAGGAUGAGCUUGAGAAGAGAACUGGUGGAGAGGGAGGAAGUAGAUGGCACAGGGCUGUAGGACCGGGGGCGAGGAAGAUUGAGGUUGCGCUAGGAGCGGAAGGUCCACUAAAGGGCGUGGAGAGAUUCACUGCUUCGUACUUCCAUGGCCGAGAUGGUCUUUCCUCCAUCUCCUCGCUACCAGGCGACCCCCACCCGCUCCCAAUCCCACCACCAGGCAGCGAUUCCCACCCAAGAGACAAGCCCUUCUUUCCCGCUCCCCUAUCUCUCUCCUCGCAUUCCUCCCCUCAGCUCAUCCUGUCCCUCCUGGCCUCCCACCCACCAGGCACGAUCCGUAUAGCUGCCCUCGGCCCGGUGACCAACCUAGCCGAAGCAUGGCUGCAAGACCCACAAACCUUCUCCCGCGUGGGCCUCAUCUCCAUCAUGGGCGGCUCCCUCGACGAGCCGGGAAACACCUCGCCCGUGGCAGAAUUCAAUACCUAUGCAGACCCAUGGGCGGCAAAGGUGCUGUUUGAGGAGAGUGUGGGGCACGGGUGCCUUAGUGGGAGGAGAGGCAGGAGGUUGCCCAUCGAGCUGCUUCCGCUGGAUAUCACUGGACGACACACGGUGCAGUAUGGUAAUCUGAUGAAGGCUGAAGGACCAUUGGGAAACUUUAUUACCUCCAUCCUCACCCACCCUCGCAAGAUGACCAACUCCUACGCACCUUAUGGUCUUCCAUUCUCAGCAGAGCGGGACGACCUCUUCCAAGCGCACGACCCACUCGCUGUGGCCCACGCCUGCUUUGCGCCCAGUGAGGCCGGCAAGGGAGGAGAGGCUUACCAUCAGUACCACGAGUACCUCGAGGCGCAUCAGAGUCAGAACGACGCCUCUUCAGGAGUGCAAGAGGGAGAGCAGAGGGAAGACUCGACGGGAUGGGUGUACACGGAGAGACGCUUUGCAGUAGAGGCAGAGGGCAAGCUCACGAGGGGCAUGUGCAUCGUAGAGUGA